UCUCAGUAACAUAGUAUAGAGAGCUCUGCGAACGGGCGAUAGCUGUGAGGAGCUUGGCUUCAUUGAUUUGUCCGAGAUCUCCAAGGGUUCCUCGAAUAAUGCUGAUUGUUAGUGCCGCCAUAUUUGUGGGAAAAAUCCGCCAUGUUUGAGGUCAAAUAGAAACAAUAACCUACCACUGAAAUCGUGAUUUGUUUUUUGAGAUGCCAUGACACCAGGACAGUAAUGGUGAACUGCUGUUCUGUAAGAGGAUGUUCAAACAGGUCAAAUCGGGACGGGAAGUCGUAUCAUUCCAUCCCUGCAGUUAUCAUAAACCAGGGUGAUCGAACGCGAGAAUUAUCUGAGCAACGACGAGCCCAGUGGAUAGCUAAACUCGGGAGGGAGAACUACUCCCCAACAAAGUACACCAAAAUAUGUUCGGAUCAUUUCGUAUCAGGUAAACCCACUACACUGUACGACAUCUCCAGUCCAGACUGGAUUCCGUCUCUCCACAUGGGCACAGGGUUGUCCUUGAAGGAUGCGCAAUCUCUCAGUAGAUACCGCAAGGGACAGAGAGCUCAGAGGAAGAAAGUCCUGGCAGCCGCCGAGAUGUUGGUGGAGAUGUCGCGGCGUGGUCGGGACGGAGAUGGGCGGGGCUCACAGGAAGGUGUGGGCGGGGCUCGGACAGCACAAAGUAAUUCUUUCAAAUACGAACAUACAACUGCGAAACCCGACUCAUCAGAGGACAUUUUCUUUAACCAGUCAUACGACAGUAAUGAACCCAUGAAAGGCAGCAUUUAGCGAUGGUCACUCACAGAAGUAUAACGAUCAUGAUGAUAGGAUCAUAUCUAUUGGCAAUGCAAUGAUGUAAUUCAGUUUGAUGAAACCUGUUUUCACAUGGAACAGUUGAAAAAGAUGAAUGGCUAUAUGGUGUGUACACUGUCAGUGUUAGAAUGAAAAGUCAUUGUUGAGCCCAUCAGACGUGUUGAAUGUCUCUACAUACCGUAAUCAGAUGGCCAUCCUGACAUGUCGAAUUACCCAACAGCCUUUCGUGAGAAUCCGUCGUCCAGUGUUGAAUCACAAUCUCUUCGGAGUGAUCAAAGUGUGAAAUUUAGACUGUCGUUCUUAUCUCUUGUUCCAGAGUUACGUUCCCGGUGCUAUUGAAUGCCACUGCACCAACUGAUCGUGUGAAAUGUGUACGACAUAGGACUUGGUAUUCGUUCUUAAACCUGUAACGUGAAUAAGGGGCACGGGUGGCCCAGUAGUGGAAGGCGCCGUUGUGCUAUGUUCGUAUACUUAGCUGUAGGGAUACUCUGGUCCACGGAUCGAAGACCAGAUUCUCCAUGACUAUGAACCGUGGUUUGUCUGCACCAUACCUUUGCUUGCGAGUUUCAGUGGUACAUGCGGUCAUAUAACUGAAAUAACGUUGAAGCGGUGUUGACUAACUGUGAACUGAAUGGCCAUGUUUCCACGUGGUACAGAACUUCACUUGGAAUACUAGUAUUUAUAUACUGCUUGUAAAGCGGUACGAGUCCUAUACCUUGACGUUGACAUUGAGUGACUAUUCUCAUACGUGUGGGUUGUGGAUAUUAUUAUGUAUGCCUCACGAAGAAUGUUUAUUAAACUGUUUUACUGAGUGUAUCAUGAAUGCGAUGUGUUCUGUUUUG